AAGCAGACAACAGAAGAACGUCGGCAGUAAACUAACCUAACUUGCGGUGUUUUUGUGGGGAAUCUAAUUCGUAAACAAUAUUUUUGGAAAUAGUUAUAUUGUCAGAAAGAAAUGAUCUAAGCCAAUCUUCAAGAUGGGGAAAGGAGAAGAAAUACUGAAUGGCUUUCAAGUCAAUUGGGUGAAACUCAUUGAUGUAGAUAGUGAAAAAGUACUCUGGCACGGGAAAGGGGAUUUUUCGGAUCCAGAAGCUGAGCAUGAAGCUAAAGUGCCAAAGGAAAUUUUACAAAGCCGUGUAGUGCGAAGAGAAAUUAAUUUUUCAUCAGCAGAGCCUAUUAAUAAGUUUCGCUUGGAGCAGAGGCUUCUGUUCAAGAAAAAUAUUUUAGAGGAAUGGUAUUUUGAGUAUGGAUUAGUUAUGCCCAACUCAACUAAUACUUGGCAUUCAAAUAUUGAAGGGGCUCCUGAGUCUCAACUAAUGCCUGCAUCAGUAUUAAAUGGCAACGUUGUCAUUGAAACUAAAUUUUUUGCUGAUGACAUCCUUCUAUCUACAUCAUCAAUUCGUUUGUUUUAUGUUUAAUUUCUAAUUUUCAAAAUAGACAUAGUGUUGAUUUUUUGGCAUUUUACCUGUCAUCAAUGUUACUUAUUUCCAUUUCACUAAUAAAACACUGUGUUAUUAAAAUUAA